CUUGACAAACUGUUACGAAACGAAAAUGGCGGACGUUGAAGUGUUGUCUGUUUGUGUGAAGUAACAUUCGAUGAAAGUGACAGAUAUUAAGCAAAAUACAAGUAUGCUGUUUAAUAUAACGCUUUGUAAGGCGUGUCUUCAGAGAUUGGUAGCCACAAACAAGUUUGUCAGGUUAAAAAGUCAUUAUGCUGUCCUAGGUGUUUCCAAUACUGCAACACAAAAACAGAUCAGAGAUGCCUACUUAAAACUUUCGAAACAGCAUCACCCUGAUCAAAAUAGGCAGGAUCCCAAAAGUCAUGAAAAAUUCGUAAAGAUAAAUGAAGCAUAUGAAGUUUUGAGUAAAGACUCUAGUCGACGUAGCUAUGACGAUUCAGUUCGAGUGAGAAAUCAGCCACGGCCGAAUUUUAGAACGUCACAUCGGCCGCCAAAUUACUACAGUAGCGGACAGUUUUAUGAAGAUCAAGGACCUUUUAGCGACCAUAAUCAAUAUGACCCAUAUUCAAAGAGAAAUGCCGGCAGUCAUUAUGAUCCGUUCUCGUCGUACGGUUACGAACACUACCAAAGACAAAGGCAGCAACAGGCAGAAAACGGAGGUAAUGGAGAGAAAACGACAUCUUACGCCAUGCCUGAGGAAAGUGAGCAUGAUGACGGAGUUUUAGUUGCAUUCCAUAGGAUAUGGUGGACCAUGGCAAUUCUUAUGGCUAUUUUUAUGUUAUGGGAGGUUAUCAUUCAUGCCCAUAUCAAGGUCACGACUCACGGACUCAAACAAGAAAUUGAGAGAAGAAAACAAUUGAAGGAGCAAAAGUCUGCUGAUAAAACCAAAGUCUAUAGCAAAGUAACAGUAGGGAAGGACUCAAGCUGAUAAUGAUGCAGAUAGGGCAUUUUGUAAAAUACUGUGAUUUGACCUCGUGUGUUUGGGAGGUCAGACAACGUUGGUAGUUGAGUAAAACUCAAAAUUCACAUCCAAAUGAAAGUGCCGAUUUGUAUGUUGAAUGCCGAGUUGUUGGAAUAAAGAGUAAAAGGCAGAUGCAGAAUGCUGCGAUAUUUGUGAUGAUUUUAUUUGACAUUGUAUUAAAUUGUUUAGAGAAAAAAUUGUUUUUCAAAAGCAUACUUGUAAACAUAGUGCCUCAUCAACCUGUACUGGAAAGACAAUAUUGAAUUGUCAGGGUUUUAGCAGAAAACUUAGCAGUUGCUCUUUCAGUUUAAUGAGUUAUGGCAGUUUCGCUGUAGCCCUUCAUACCCAGCAUUUCCAGAAAUGAAUAUGUGAGGAAUUGUUAUGCAAUGAGUUGUCAGUUUGGAGGUACAAAAAUGGAACUGACUUCCUUUGACUCUAGGUUUUGAAUUUUUGUUUGUGUGACCAUUGAGAUAUUACACAUUACCUUCUGUUAUUCAGAAGCAGGGAUCUUUUGAUUAUUUUUUUCAUUUUUAGCUCAACUUUUAAAAGAAUAGAUGGAGCUGUUGCACUCACACAUUUGUCCACAUUCCCGAUUUGGUUAAGUUUGAGUUUUGUAUGUAAGCUGAUAUCUCGGUAACCACUUGUGAGAAUGGAUUGAAACUUCAAGAACUUGUUCACUGUGGUGAUCUGACCUGCAGUGCACAGGUUCCAUAACUCCUGUUUUCCAUUUUACAAAAAUAUCCACUUUUUCAGCAUAAUAUUUCUGGUUAAGUUUUUGUGUGUUGGCUUUUACAUAUUUAAGUAACCACUGAUGAAAUAGAUUAAAUUUCACAUUUUAAUAAUCUGAUAUGCAUUGCACAAGUAUGCAACUCUUAGUUUGCUUAUUCUCAAAGCUAUGCCCAUAUUUAAACUGAUGUUUCUGUAAUCUCCAGCAUGAAUGGAUUGAAACUUGACACUUUGGUUUACUGUGAUGAUCUGACAUGCAGUGCAGGGUAUGUCAUAACUCUGUCUUGCUUUUUACCAAGUUAUGCCCCUGUUUUGACUUUAGAUUUUCAUUUAUUUAACUUACUUUUGUGACAUUACUUUAGAAUAGUCGACCAUUCCUGUCUUCUAACUUUGCUUUUGAAAAUAAGUUAAAGGCGCAAAUUUUUUAAUGUCAAUAGUAAGGAAGUAGAAAGGCACAAUCAUACUGGUAAUAUACAGUUUAUUUAUAGAUAUAAACUAUAAAUUCCAGUGUACCGUGUAAAUUGUAACUUUGAAAAUUAUGAUUAAGCUCAGGUUAAGGUAUCCAGGUAUAUCUAACUUUGAUAAGAUAGUGUUACACUAUUAAAACAGGAUAUUACUGAGAAAAAUAAUGAUUUUGUUAAGCCAGUUUAUUUUCACUUAAGCACUAUGUUACUUUUACAUAUACUUCAGUUGUAAACUGUUUUAUAUACACAUUUUAAAUGAAUCCCUAAUUAAAUCUUACCAGUUGACUCAAUUUGCACACAUUUUACGAAAAGUUCUAUACACUUGUUACUGUUAUGAUUAAAAGUUAAAUAAAAUUGUUUUUCUUUUCAUCUGUACAUGUAUUUAUGUUGAAACUAGCGCCUUUGUAACAUUACUUAUUGUCCGAAAUUUUGGGAUUAUCUGUUUGUAUUUCGUAUGUUUCAGUGUGAAUUAGUCAAACAAAUGUAAGAAGAGUAAGAAUUAUUUUGAAAUUCCUAAUAUGUUUAGUUCCAUAAGACAUUGCUGAAAAAAUGGAAUGUAUUGGGAAUGUAUUGGGAGUUUUUCUCUAUGUAUGUUAAUUUAUCUUCUACAAAUAAUGUUCGAAACAACAUUACUUUUCGAAAUAUGGAAGUUGUUGUAUGUCUUACCUUUUGAGUAAAGAUAUUUUUGUGGUGAUAUUUUAUGUUUAUAAUCAUACUGUAGGUAAGAUAGGUGUAUGAUGUGUUAUUUGAUAUGGGUGAAACAAUAAGUUAUCAAGAAAACACUUAGCUUUUAUUUACUGGCAGAUUAUCAAAACAUUUUUGAAGUUUCUCUUUUUCAGCCGAGUUAGAGAUUCAAAUUUUGAUAGCAAAUUUUACUAAAAGAGUGAAUUCUAAUUGAGACCAUCUAUACUGAAUAGCCACUUGAAAAUAGUCAUUAACUUGGGAAAUAAAUUUUUUAAGUUUUGCAUGCUUUGUUGGCAAAUAAAACAGGUUUUGGGUUCAGAUGCGUAGUAAUCUAAUCACGAAGGCCAAAUGCCUGAGUGAUUAAUAACUAUGCAUCUGAAUGAAAAAAAUGUGUUUUGUUUGCCAACAAAGCACACAAAACUAAAAUCUAUUUCCAUUCUAACACAUUGAAUUACACCAGGAAUAGCCAAAAGUAGGUCAUUUUGCGAAACGUGUUUUAAUAGAGAAGACAGUACACAGUAAAAUCCAUCUUUGUUUAUAUAAAAGAAAAUCUUAAAAGUGUUAAUAUACAAAUGUAAACAUUUUAUUUCAGAACAUGCAAUUUUAAUAUGAAUGACAAAUAAAGUGUUGUUAUCAAACUCAGCUGAGACUGAAAAUGUUUUGUAACAUGGGGCUAGUUCACCUAAAUUAAAUCCCAAAUAAUAGAAGUAUUUAUAUCGUUGUACUCAACUUGCAUAUUAUCCUAAAUGAUUAAUAAAGUUGUGGAUAACUGGAAUCAGAGUAAUACAGCAGUGUGGUAUAUCUUCAGAACAUGUAAUUAAACUUAAGAUUAUAAAAAGAUAUUCAUAGACUUGCAGUGUUUUCAGUGCUCAUUUUGGUUUUUGUUAUCAAAAUUUGCCUGUGUAGUUCAGUGCCAAAAGAAAUUUUAAAUAUCUGUUAAUACAUUGAAUUGGGCAUUGUUUUUCAGUCUAAGAAAGUAAUGAUUUGCCCAUAUUCCUUUCGUACUUUGAGGUGUUACUAAGCAUUCAAGUGUUUGAAAAGAUGCUGUUAUUCAGCACCAUUAAACUCAGUUUAAUUCGGAAUAUGGUUGUAUUUACCUUUAGCCUGCUGGCUGCAAGUGAUUCUGCCUUUGCAACCAGUGUAGACCAAGAUCAGCCUGCACCUCAGGAUCAUGGUCUGCACUGUUUGCUAUUCAGUCAGUAAAUUUUCAGUGAAAACCCCUUUGAAUAAUAAAUUGUUUGCUCAAAUUGAAUGAUGGAGCAGUCUAUUAUAGAAAUUUAGCACUGUAAAGGUUAAUAUGACUUUGAUCUUGAAAUGCAAGAUUUAUAUUGAAAUAUUUUGGGUUUUUUUUUUUGGAGAGUUUUCUUAUUUUGAAGCACCAGUGUUUUAUCACCAGUCUAUUUUAGUUAAUUGUAAGAUAUGCAAAGUUAUAGUUAUAAAAUUGUCCGCCAUUUAGCUCUAGAGAGGCCUAAAAAAAAAUUCUUUGUUUCCGGUAACAUGCUGAAAAAAAUUCGGGUAGGUAGGUCUGAAUUUUUUUUGGGGGGGGAAUUUUUUUUUAUUAAGGGGGACUUUUCGGAAAUUAUUUUUUUGUCAAAAAAUGAUUAUUAAUAAGGGGGUUAUGCCUUUAGAGCAUCAGUAAGUUGAUUUCUAACACCACUGGCUAUGUUUAAAGCAUAAAAAGUGCAGUUUUGCAUCUUUUUGUUAAAAAGUUGAAAUAAAUAUUCUCCAAGGCCAUAAAAACAUUUAGGGUCGGGCCGAAAAUUUAGGGUAGGUCGGGAUACCGGAAACAGACAAUUUUAUUUUUUUUUACGCCUUAGUUUGGUUCAUAAUGCACAAACUAUAUUUUAAAAAAGCUAUUGUUUUCUUUGGAAGCUAAUAAAUUUUUAAAAGGCUAGAACAUUCUAAUUACUUACCAGUUUUAUGUUUUAUAAACAUCUGUAAUAGUUUGUACUACUAAAAUCUGUGAAAAGAAAACUUUGGAAUAUACAUGUUGAACUGAAUGAAAAUGCUGUAAGUUUGUGGAUAAUGUAUUGUUAGAAAUUUUGCAAAUGAAUUAUGUCACUUGUUACAUUGUUUUCAAAUAUCAUGCAAUAAAAAAUGAAUUUUC